UGUAAGAUACCGCAAAACAUACAUUGUAGCAAUAAUGUUGAAAUUUUGUUUUUAAAGGUUAUCGUAUCUGACAAUGGAGAAUACAAAAACAAGAUAUGUUAUUCUCAUAUAGAUCCACAUAUGAGAUCAGCCGACGGCGUAUAUUACGAGCAACAACGUAAGAACGGUCAGCUUUUCCCGGGCGUGUUCCUGUUAUAUAAUAACACACAGUAUGGAAUCGAGGUUCAACAACAAACUAAAAGCUGUAACAGUGGAUGGGCAACUUGCGCAUGUGGUAUUGCAAUUCGAGCGGGUAAAGAUGUUUUCAUGAUAAAUAGAUGUGGUAGUGUCAACUAUCUCGGUUUUACAAAAUGCGAAGAUGGAGGGAUUUUACAAGUUGUAAAAAGACAUGAUUACAAGUACGAUGUAUUCACACCCAUUGGCACGAAAGUAACAAUAACGCUGUUCAACGGAUAUUACGAAGGAACAAUGAACAUAGACAUAAUAAUGGCACCUAAAGAUUUGUAUAACAUUGAAGGAUUGUGUGGUCAAUUUGACAAUAAUCCUGCCAAUGAUUUUCGGCAUAAAGACGGGACUAUUUCAGAAAUAAAUAACGUCAAUCGAAACAGUCAUUUUGCAGACUUUACAGAAAGCUGGAGUUUGACUUUAGCGGACACAAAACCACUCAACUUAUUUCUAACAGGUAACAGAGCGUUAAGUAGUUGGGGUGAUAUAAAUGGGAUGUUUUGUAUAUGCGAAAGUCAUGAUGAGGUAGCAGAAGCAACAUGCUAUCCGACCCAGUAUUUGAAUUGUACGAUGAGUAGAUCAAUAACUAGUGCAAAAUGUAACGUACCAAGCAGACGAAAGAGAAGCGCAGAUGGUAGUUAUAAAGAUGAAAAAGAACUCGACAGGUUACUUCAAUUAAUGGCUUCAUCAGAACAUAACACACUAGACAUAAAACUUAGGACUAAGCGCGAAGACGUCAACAAUAACUUAAUUACAGAAGCAGACGCUGAGGCGUUGUGUAAAGACAAAAUCUCCGGUAGUCUGGCAGUGCAAGAAUAUUCAGAAGUCGGCGGCAAUGAAGAUCCGAACGAAGUUAUAAGACAAUGUACAUUUGAUGUAGUGUAUGGAAAUGAUACGUCAUGGGCUACAGCGCAUGUAGAAUCUGUUAACAAUAUUGUAAAGAACAUAAUAGAUCUUGAGCCAAUAUACGUUGCAAAUAAUUCUGAAAAAGUUGUUAUAUUUUAUAAAAAUACCUGUCCAGGAAACUGUAGUAACAACGGUGAUUGUACAGAAACAAGUGAGUGUGAUUGUUUUGGAUUUUUCCACGGACCAGAAUGUGACAUAGAUGAAAGAGAUCCUUUAACCAUUGACGACAUCGAAGGUGGCGGAGAAUGUGAUCUGGCUGAUGGUGACGAAUGUUUAUGUUUCCAUAUCAGAUCUUCAAAUAUUCUUGAAGGUUUUAAAUGUCAGGCCAAUAUUUCCAAGAUAUCAGUCACUGGUGGAAGAGAGCUAUUAUCCACAAAGUCAUUCACAGGUGGAUAUGAAGAUAUUUAUACUGGGGUGUGCUGUGUUCAAGACAACAUAAUUGGUACCGAAGGUGUAUUUGUUACGAAGUACGAUUUUUCAAUCAGCAAUAACGGUAUUACCUACGGAAAUGACGUGAGUGUUUAUGUGUUCGACUCAACUUGCCAAGAGGGAGAGUUUACUUCUUUCGAAAACGCAUCAUUCAGUUUAAAGACUGGGUUCUGUUUCAUCAAUGGAUUUUGUGCAGCAGAAAAAGAGAUGGCUCCUGUUGGCUGUUUAGCAUGUCAGUCUAUAAAGGAUAAAUAUAAUUGGACAGUAUAUAACCCAUGCCAGAAUGGUGGUUAUUGUACUGACGACACUAACGGCUAUAAUUGCGUUUGCGUUGAUGGAUAUGGCGGGAAGAAUUGUGAAAUCGAUAUAGAUGAAUGCUUGACAAAUCCAUGUAACAACGGAGGUACUUGCACAGACUUUGUAAAUGGAUAUACCUGCACAUGCUUGGCUGGAUAUUUUGGAGUCAAUUGUUCUGCUGUUGUAGACAAUUGUGAACAGAACCCAUGUGAAAAUGAAGGAACGUGUGAGAAUAUGAUAAAUGCACGGACAUGUCAUUGUGUUAAUGGCUAUGAGGGAAGUAACUGUGAAAUAGAUAUAAAUGACUGUGUAAACAACCCUUGUCAAAAUGGCGGAAGUUGUACAGAUUUAGUAAAUGGUUAUAAAUGUACUUGCGUGAAUGGAUAUGAAGGAACUAAAUGCGAAACAGAUAUCAACGAAUGCUCCAUCGAUCCAUGUAAAAAUGGUGGUACCUGUAACGAUCUAGUUAAUGCAUAUGAAUGUGAAUGUGUUACUGGAUACGAAGGCAGUAACUGUGAUAAUGAUAUAGAUGAAUGUUCUUCCGACCCAUGCAAGAACGGUGGCACAUGUAAGGAUCUUGUCAAUGGAUAUGAAUGUACAUGUGUUGCCGGAUAUGACGGAACAACAUGUGAUAAUAAUAUCGAUGACUGUUUAAACAACCCAUGCAAAAAUGGAGCUACAUGUACGGAUCUUGUUCUGGGAUAUGAAUGUGAAUGUGUACCGGGUUACGACGGAAAUGAGUGUCAUAAUGAUAUCAACGAAUGCUCAACCGAUCCAUGUCAAAAUGGCGGUACCUGUAAGGAUGUAGUAAAUGCAUAUGAAUGUGAAUGUGUUGCUGGAUACGAUGGUAAAAAUUGCGAUAAUGAAAUAAACGAAUGCGCUCCUGACCCUUGCAAGAACGGUGGUACCUGUAAGGAUCUUGUAAACAAAUACGAAUGUACAUGUGCUGCUGGAUACGAUGGAACAAAUUGUGACAAUAAUAUAAAUGAAUGUUCCAGCGACCCUUGUAAAAAUGGUGCUUCGUGUAAGGAUCUUGCCAAUGGAUACGAAUGUACAUGUGCGGCUGGAUAUGAUGGAAUGAACUGCGAUAAUAAUAUUAAUGAAUGCGAUCCUGACCCUUGCAAAAAUGGUGGUACCUGCAAGGAUCUUGUAAACAAAUACGAAUGUACAUGUGCUGCUGGAUACGAUGGAACAAAUUGUGACAAUAAUAUAAAUGAAUGUUCCAGCGACCCUUGUAAAAAUGGUGCUUCCUGUAAAGAUCUUGUCAAUAAAUACGAAUGCACAUGUGCGGCUGGAUAUAAUGGAAAGAACUGCGAUAAUAAUAUUGAUGAAUGUUUAAGCAACCCAUGCAAUAAUGGUGCCACAUGUACUGAUCUUGUCAAUGGUUACAAAUGCAUAUGUGUGUCUGGAUACGAUGGGACGGACUGUGAUAAUGAUAUUGAUGAAUGCGAUCCUGACCCUUGCAAGAACGGUGGUACCUGUAAGGAUCUUGUAAAUAGAUACGAAUGUACAUGUGCUGCUGGAUACGAUGGAACAAACUGUGACAAUAAUAUAAAUGAAUGUUCCAGCGACCCUUGUAAAAAUGGGGCUUCCUGUAAAGAUCUUGUCAAUAAAUACGAAUGCACAUGUGCGUCUGGAUAUGAUGGAGUGAACUGCGAUAAUAAUAUUGAUGAAUGUUUGAGCAACCCAUGCAGAAAUAGUGCUACAUGUACUGAUCUUGUUAAUGGUUACAAAUGUACAUGUGUGUCUGGAUACGAUGGGACGGACUGUGAUAAUGAUAUUAAUGAAUGCGCUCCUGACCCUUGCAAUAACGGUGGUACCUGUAAGGAUCUUGUAAACAAAUACGAAUGUACAUGUGCUGCUGGAUACGACGGAAUAAAUUGUGACAAUAAUAUUGAUGAAUGUUUGAGCAACCCAUGCAAAAAUGGUGCUCCAUGUACUGAUCUUGUUAAUGGUUACAAAUGCACAUGUGUGUCUGGAUACGAUGGGACGGACUGUGAUAAUGAUAUAAAUGAAUGCGAUCCUGACCCUUGCAAGAACGGUGGUACCUGUAAGGAUCUUGUAAACAAAUACGAAUGUACAUGUGCUGCUGGAUACGAUGGAAUGAAUUGUGACAAAAACAUAAAUGAAUGUUUAAGCGACCCUUGUAAAAAUGGUGCUUCCUGUAAAGAUCUUGUCAAUGGAUACGAAUGCACAUGUGCGGCUGGAUAUGAUGGAGUGAACUGCGAUAAUAAUAUUGAUGAAUGUUCGAGCAACCCAUGCAAGAAUGGUGCCUUAUGUACUGAUCUUGUUGAUGGUUACAAAUGCACAUGUGUGUCUGGAUACGAUGGGACGGACUGUGAUAAUGAUAUUAAUGAAUGCGAUCCUGACCCUUGCAAGAACGAUGGUACCUGUAAGGAUCUUGUAAACAAAUACGAAUGUACAUGUGCUGCUGGAUACGAUGGAAUAAAUUGUGACAAUAAUAUUAAUGAAUGCGACCCUGACCCUUGCAAGAACGGUGGUACCUGUAAGGAUCUUGUAAACAAAUACGAAUGUACAUGUGCUGCUGGAUACGAUGGAAUAAAUUGUGACAAUAAUAUUAAUGAAUGUUCAAGCGAGCCUUGUAAAAAUGGUGGUACCUGUAAGGAUCUUGUAAAUGGAUACGAAUGCACAUGUGCGGCUGGAUAUGACGGAGAUAACUGCGAUAAUAACAUAAAUGAAUGUUUAAGCGACCCUUGUAAAAAUGGUGCUUCCUGUAAAGAUGUUGUCAAUGGAUACGAAUGCACAUGUGCGGCUGGAUAUGAUGGAGUGAACUGCGAUAAUAAUAUUGAUGAAUGUUUGAGCAACCCAUGCAAAAAUGGUGCUCCAUGUACUGAUCUUGUUAAUGGUUACAAAUGCACAUGUGUGUCUGGAUACGAUGGGACGGACUGUGAUAAUGAUAUUAAUGAAUGCGACCCUGACCCUUGCAAGAACGGUGGUACCUGUAAGGAUCUUGUAAACAAAUACGAAUGUACAUGUGCUGCUGGAUACGAUGGAAUAAAUUGUGACAAUAAUAUUAAUGAAUGUUCCAGCGAGCCUUGUAAAAAUGGUGGUACCUGUAAGGAUCUUGUAAAUGGAUACGAAUGCACAUGUGCGGCUGGAUAUGACGGAGAUAACUGCGAUAAUAAUAUUAAUGAAUGCGAUACUGACCCUUGCAAGAAUGGUGGUACCUGUAAGGAUCUUGUAAACAAAUACGAAUGUACAUGUGCUGCUGGAUACGAUGGAAUUAAUUGUGACAAUAAUAUUAAUGAAUGUUCCAGCGAGCCUUGUAAAAAUGGUGGUACCUGUAAGGAUCUUGUAAAUGGAUACGAAUGCACAUGUGCGGCUGGAUAUGACGGAGAUAACUGCGAAAAUAAUAUUAAUGAAUGCAAUCCUGAUCCUUGCAAGAACGGUGGUACCUGUAAGGAUCUUGUAAACAAAUACGAAUGUACAUGUGCUGCUGGGUACGAUGGAAUUAAUUGUGACAAUAAUAUUAACGACUGUUUACCAAACCCGUGUAAAAAUAACGGGGAAUGUAGAGAUGGACUCAAUAUGUUUACAUGCAAUUGUUCUCCUGGUUUUGAGGGAACAGAAUGUGAAAUAGAUAUAAAUGAAUGUAUACCAAAUCCCUGUAAAAAUGCUGGUAGCUGUCAAGAUCUUGUUAGUGGAUACACGUGUACAUGCGUGGCUGGCUUCUAUGGUGUUAAUUGCUCAACAGAUAUUAAUGAAUGUCUUAAUAAUCCAUGUGAAAAUAAUGGAAGAUGUGAAGAUAAAGUGAACGGGCGGAUAUGUCAUUGUAUUGAUGGAUAUGAUGGUGCAAACUGUGAAAUAGAUAUAAAUGAAUGCGAUCCUGACCCUUGCAAGAAUGGUGGUACCUGUAAGGAUCUUGUAAACAAAUACGAAUGUACAUGUGCUGCUGGAUACGAUGGAAUAAAUUGUGACAAAAACAUAAAUGAAUGUUUAAGCGACCCUUGUAAAAAUGGGGCUUCCUGUAAAGAUCUUGUCAAUGGAUACGAAUGCACAUGUGCGGCUGGAUAUGAUGGAGUGAACUGCGAUAAUAAUAUUGAUGAAUGUUCGAGCAACCCAUGCAAGAAUGGUGCCUUAUGUACUGAUCUUGUUGAUGGUUACAAAUGCACAUGUGUGUCUGGAUACGAUGGGACGGACUGUGAUAAUGAUAUUAAUGAAUGCGAUCCUGACCCUUGCAAGAACGAUGGUACCUGUAAGGAUCUUGUUAACAAAUACGAAUGUACAUGUGCUGCUGGAUACGAUGGAAUAAAUUGUGACAAUAAUAUUAAUGAAUGCGGCCCUGACCCUUGCAAGAACGGUGGUACCUGUAAGGAUCUUGUAAACAAAUACGAAUGUACAUGUGCUGCUGGAUACGAUGGAAUAAAUUGUGACAAUA